AUUCAGGAGUGGGGUCCGUUUGACCUGGUGAUCGGAGGAAGUCCCUGCAACGACCUCUCCAUCGUCAAUCCUGCCAGGAAGGGCCUGUACGAAGGCACGGGCAGGUUGUUCUUCGAGUUUUAUCGACUUCUGAGCGAAGCCAAGCCCAAGGACGGCGAGAACCGCCCAUUUUUCUGGAUGUUUGAGAACGUGGUCGCCAUGGCCGUUAACGACAAGAGGGACAUCUCGCGGUUCCUGGAGUGUAACCCUGUGAUGAUCGAUGCCAUCGAGGUCUCUGCUGCUCACCGCGCUCGAUACUUCUGGGGAAACCUGCCGGGGAUGAACAGGCCUCUGUGCGCCUCAGGGAUGGACAAGCUACAGCUGCAGGACUGCCUGGAUCACGGCCGAGUGGCAAAGUUUGGAAAGGUGCGCACCAUCACUACUCGCUCCAACUCCAUCAAACAGGGGAAAGACCAGCACUUCCCCGUGCUGAUGAACGGGAAGGAGGACAUCCUGUGGUGCACCGAGCUGGAGAGGAUCUUUGGUUUCCCCGUCCACUACACUGACGUGUCCAACAUGGGUCGCGGCGCCCGGCAGAAGCUCCUGGGCCGCUCUUGGAGCGUCCCCGUCAUCAGGCAUCUGUUCGCUCCGCUCAAAGACUACUUUGCCUGUGAAUAAGAAGAAAGCCGCCAUCACCAGCAAACACACACACACCAGCUUUUUCAUCCAGAACCGUCAGCAGCCGUUUCCUCCCCUCCGUCGCACAUUUUGGAAGGCAAAUGUUCGGUUUGACAAAACAUCAGCGCGGCGGGGAAACGGUUCGAGAUGCUGCCUGGAUUCUGCCUUAGAUCCACAUAACACACACUAACACAGAUUCACAGCUUAGGGAAAGACGUUGGCUGCCCU